UAUUAUGCCAGAGAGACGCGGCAGUUACGAGUUGAUGUCAUUACAGCUUGCAGCAGUGUAAGCCUCUUUGCUCUUGAGCUGCGGCGGUCACUUUUCGAUGGAGGAUCUCGUCGUGUCCAUAGCACUGCUGGCACUCACUGUGCUGGGCAGCGAGGCGGUGAGGAGGACAGCGUCGCGACUUGGCGGCAGUGGAGAGUGGGGACUGCCGGCGCUGCUAGUAGAGUUUGCCUCGACUUUCCAGUUGUGCGCCUGUACCCAUGAACUGAAACUUCUGGCCGAGCAGGGUGCUGUCGAGCGACCCCUGGGCUUGACGCUCACCUAUGCCAUCACGGUAGUCCACGUGCUUACUUUUGCUGGCGCAUUCUGCAACCCUGUAGCGAUCCUGGAGCAACUGUGGCGGAGGCAUUUGAGCUGGAGAGCGGCGACGGCCAGGUUGGCUUGCCAGUUCGUGGCAGCGACGGGAGCUCAGCUCUUAACACCGUGCGCAUGGGCACUGGGACUGUCUGCCGUGCACGCGCGACACCGAGCUGCAGGGUUUCUGUGCCGCAGCAGCAUCAGAACGUCACUGUUUCGCGGAGCGAGCGUGGAACUCGUGUGCGCCUUGGCCAUGCAGAGUACACUCCUCCUAACACAGUCGCUGGACGGGAGGUUCAGGGUCCACAUAAUUGCUGCAGUCAUCACAUUCCUGGUCUACGCAGGUGGAAGUCUUACUGGGGCAAUAUUUAACCCAGUCCUUGCAUUUUCUGUGCAGUUUCCUUGCAAAGGACAUACUUUUUUGGAAAAUUCCUUUGUUUACUGGCUGGGACCAGUAUUAGGUAUGGCUCUGUCGGUGCUAAUUUAUUCCACAAUCAUUCCAAGACUCUCCAGUGCACUGGGGUUACAAAAGAAGAUGGACAAGAGUGAAAUACUGAAAAAGUUCAACUAAAAGCCAUUCUAGUGGCUUUUCAAAGACAGAAAAGUGGAGAUUUUAGAAAGGAGACGGUAACACAAAACAAUGGCUGCUUUAUUAUAAAAGCUGAAUGUGUGGCCUCAUACCAUAUAAAGAAAGAUUCUGCAUUCCAGUUGACGAUUUGUGUAGCCUACUGCUAAUAUACCAAAUAUUUGUAAUUUGUUAAGAAAUGCGCCAUAGCUCUUAAUCAUGACUGUUUAGUGCUGACUGAUGGGAAAGACAUGUUUCUAAAGUUAGUAAGAUUACUAAGGAAAUGCCUGACAUGAAUAAGCAAUCAUGAAAACAAGACAGGCACACAGUGGUCAGUAAGUAGGAUUCUUCACUUCACUGGAGAGACUGACUCAUAGAAUGUCUGACAUGAAUAGAAAUGGCAAGGAAAGAAAUAUGAUGCUCAGUGGGACACACUUGGAUGUUUGCUAGUUCACAUCCUUCAAGAAAUAAAAUGCAAUGGAAGGAAAGAAACUCCUACGUGUUUUUUCAUGUGUACAGCAGGGAAAAAGUGGUAGUGAAUAUUUUUGGGCACUAAGUACAUUCUGUGUUUACUUCUUCAUGUCCUUUAUGACAUGAGAAAGGACAAUUGUGUUUUUUUUACCAUCACUUUAAAAUAUAGAACUACUGUAGUAUGGUUUACAAAGUCUACUCUGUGAGAUCCACCAUUCAACAAAAGCACAGCAGAUUUGAUGGCGGUCAGAUUUCCAGCACAUAUGAAUAAGCCAUCUAAGACCCUUACAUGCUUUUUCUUAUUCUCUAUUUAAAUAGGUGGUGUUUAUUCAAAAAAAAUAUAGCUAUGCAAAAAGAACAGAAUAAAACGUACUGAUGAACGUACAGUUUUAGACUUGUGGAUGCUAAAUUAUAAACUUUGUUUUUGUUGAAAUAAAUUACUUAGAGGUUGAAAUCAAUGCAUUUUGACAGAUGGAUAUGCAGUCCACAUUUCUAGGCAUGUGUGUUGGAAAUCUUGGACUCUGGACUUCUAUGUUCUGAUGUAUGUUUACAAGUGUACCUUAAUCCAUUUUAAUGUAGAAGUGCACUUCAGUUUAGAGUUCAUAGUAAAAGUUUGAUCCAUUAUAAAUUGUACUUUUGUUUAAACAAGAAGGCAGAUUGGAUGCCAUAAUUAAAGCAAUUGUCAAAUGAGGCGACUUCAGCGUGGAGUUUGCAUAUUUACCCAAAGUUUGGGUGGGAUUUCUCCCACAGUCCCCCCC